GAGGGAGAUGGUUCCAUAAGGACUUGCAGCAAAUAUGGUGAUUUCGUAUUUGUGACAAAGAAUAUCGAAAUCGAGGAUACAUUUGCUGACGUGAUUUACGUUUCCAUGAAAACAUUUUUCCAGACAACUCAUAAGCUCAACCAAUUCUUGGAGAUUUAUCUCUAUAAUGGAACCUCAAAACCACAUUUUCGUAAGGAUUUAUUCAAAGAAAUAGUUCUUUCAAAAUUUUACUAUGAUACACACCGUGAAUAACAGCAAAGCAGCAGAGAGAAACGGAGCCCAGUCGAGGACUGACAUUUUUAAAUUUCGUAAGAACGGGUUAAACAACCUCAUACUAGCUGUGAGAGGAGUCGGGGCUUGUGCGCGCGUUUAUAGCAUGAACGUAUACUAUUAUUAUUGUGAAGAACGAGAUUUCAAUGGUUUUUUGUUGCCAAAUACCACGUCCCCUUACGAAGGAUGGAAAAGAGUGGAAGCGAAUUGUUCGGCGGAUUCUUCGCCGCCAGAUCAAGUUAGGACAUUGAGUGGAUAUUGUGGAUAUAAUGGAACAUGGAAUAUCGAAAAGAAUUUGGGAUGCUUUUGCAAGGAAGGACUGGAAAAGAAUAAGUUGAAAGAAUGUUCGCCUUGCCCAGACCGCCAUUUCAAGGCAACCUCUUCUAAUGACACAUGUAAGCAAUGUCCAAGUAAAAGCAUAAACACCAAAGACAGAACAAGUUGUGAAUGUAUGAAAGGUUACUAUCAUUUCAACAAGACUGUGGAUCCAACUAAAGCCCCUUGUUUUGGUCCUGUUACAGAAAAAAUCGAGUUGUUGAUACAACACGUGCGUAAAAAGUCCGCAGUGAGAGUAACUUGGAAUGGAGUAAAAGUAGAGAACGAGCUAAUGCGAAAAUCUUUGAAUUAUGAUGUUCAAUGCUUCGUGUGUGAAAACGAUUCUUGUAAAGAGGCCGCCGCGAAGUACAAGCCAGGGAAAGAGAAUUUGACCACAGAAUCGGUGGAAAUUUCAAAUCUUCAUCCAAAUUUGAAAUACGUGGUGAGAGUCUACCCAAAGACGGCGAUAAAUAACUUUAUUGAACCACAGAAUUGGACGUAUUCUGAAUCUAAAGAAUUUUCGCUUAAGUUUUCUCCACCUAAACCUUCCUCUCCAGCAUCACCUACAAAGAAAGCUACAAAGUCAAAAAGACGUCCAAUCGGCAGGAAAAGUUACUUUGACUAUGUUGUUGUUUCUGGCAUUGCAAGCGGUGUUUUGUUCAUGAUCAUGGUGGUUCUACUCAUUAUUGUUGUAAAAAGGAAAACCGAAUACAGACGACACUUGUUAUUACAAAACGAUCACCAAGUUAUCUCAGUAACAGUCGAGUUACCUCAUGUUGGACAAAAGUUGUACGUCGAUCCGACAAACUAUGAUUCCCCUGAAGAUGCCUUAAACGAUUUUGCCUGUGAACUGGAUCCGUCUGCUUUGGUGCUGGAAAAAUUGAUUGGAGGAGGUGAAUUUGGGGACGUUUACAAAGGAAUUAUGAAACGCGACGAGGGUAAAGCUACUAUUGUAGCAGUGAAAAUCUUAAAGACGGAUCACACGGCGAAGAACGAAAAGGAUUUCAUGUUAGAAGCUUCGGUCAUGGGACAAUUUCACGAUCCAAAUGUCAUCCAUCUGGAAGGGGUGAUUACAAAAUCUUUUCCUCGUAUGAUUGUGACGGAAUACAUGUCCAAUGGAUCGUUGGAUCGUUUUUUAAGGUUGAACGAUGACCAACUCACUGAUUUACAGUUGAUUGGUAUGGGCAGAGGUGUUGCAUCAGGAAUGGCUUACUUAUCAUCAAUGAAUUUCAUACACAGGGAUUUGGCGGCGCGAAAUAUUCUCGUCGAUGAUGAUUUAUUGUGCAAGAUCACAGAUUUUGGUUUGUCGCGUUCUUUGGGGAACGAGGGCUCAGGUGGAGAAUAUGCUACUUCGGGAGGCAAGAUUCCCGUGAGAUGGACAGCCCCUGAAGCGAUUGCGUAUCGUAAAUUUUCAACAUCGAGUGAUAUCUGGAGUUUUGGGAUCUUACUUUGGGAAAUAAUGUCGUUUGGAGACAGACCUUACUGGGAAUGGGACAAUAUAAAGGUCAUGAAUGAAGUGGAAGAAGGAUUCAGACUUCCCGCGCCAAAAGAUUGCCCAACAGCUGUCCACAGCCUGAUGUUAUCUUGUUGGAGGACUGAUCGUAAUAAGCGACCAAAGUUUGAAAAAAUCACGCAAAUAAUGAAUGGCUGGAUAAGAUCCCCUGAAACCAUGAACGAAGAUCUUCCCAAUCUUUCGACCAUUGGCGACUGGCUGCACUCCAUUAAAAUGGGAGAUUAUACUUCGAAUUUCCUCGGUGCUGGAUACGAGAGCCCGUGUCAGCUCACGGGGAUUGGGAACGACGAUUUAUUAAAGAUUGGAGUGAAGCUUAUCGGUCAUCGAAAUAAGAUUCUCAAAGCUGUUAAUGCUAAGGCUAAGGCUAGCAAGGAGAGCAACGAGAAAAACAAACGCACGAGAAUUGACUCUAUUGUUGUCUAGUAUAAUGAUUCUGGCAGGCGUCA